AUGUCUCGAAUCAAAAAUGCCAACAAAAAUCGGUUAAAGGGGAGUGGAGGUCCGGCAAAUGAAGGCGGCAACAAUGGUACAGACGGUAGUGGAGGUGGUGGCGGCGGCGGAAGUGGUGGUGGUGGUGGCCGCGGUGGCAUGGGUGGAGGACGUGACGUGAGUAAAGGUGGCGGUGGCCGUGGGGGACGCGGUGGAGAUGGAGGCGGAAGAACCAGAAACAAUGGAAAUGAUAACCAAAACGAUCAGGAAAAGAUGAAAGAUCAAAGACGUGGUCAAGAUGGAGAGGAUGGUGCUGGAAACGGGGGACGCGGAGGCCGUGGAGGUGGUCGUAGUGGUGGACGAGGUGGCGAAGGUGGUGGAAAAAAGGAUACCAAUGAUGAAAACAAUGGUUCAGAGAGUAGAAAGUGA